AGGGAGGGGGAGGAGGAGGCUGGGCGCCGCCGCCGCCGCCUGAGGGAAAGAAAGGAAGCGGCGGCCGAAGGAGGCGGCGGCGCGGAGAUGAGAGGAUGGUGGCGGCGGUGACGCGGAAGGAGGAUGGAGUCUGUAGAUUAUUUAGAAGAACUUCCUGAGACAGAUGAGCCCACCUGGAUCUUAGGAAGACAGCACCACCUGAAAACAGAAAAAUCUAAUCUUCUUUCGGACAUUGGCUCUCGUCUUUGGUUUACCUACAGAAGAAAAUUUUCACCCAUUGGUGGUACAGGUCCUUCGUCAGAUGCUGGCUGGGGUUGCAUGUUGCGGUGUGGACAGAUGAUGUUGGCUCAGGCUCUGAUCUGUCAACAUUUGGGAAGAGAUUGGCAGUGGGAGGAAUACAAAAAGCAACCAGAAGAAUAUAAAAAGAUUUUGUGCUGCUUCCUGGACAGAAAAGAUUGCUGUUACUCAAUUCAUCAAAUGGCACAGAUGGGUGUUGGCGAAGGGAAAUCUAUUGGGGAAUGGUUCGGACCAAAUACUGUUGCCCAAGUACUCAAGAAACUUGCACUCUUUGAUGAAUGGAAUUCCUUAGCUGUUUACGUGUCUAUGGACAACACGGUGGUGAUUGAAGAUAUCAAAAAAAUGUGCCGGGCCCCACCCCAGGGUUGCCCCAGGUCUCACUGCAGUUCACUGUCCUAUAGGAGCUCUGUCAACCCAGCCAAGACCCUGGGAGCUCCCGGUGGCAGUUGGAAGCCUCUGUUGCUGAUCGUGCCCCUUCGCCUGGGGAUAAACCACAUCAAUCCGGUUUAUGUCGACGCUUUUAAGGAAUGCUUUAAGAUGCCACAAUCUUUAGGAGCUUUAGGAGGAAAACCAAACAAUGCCUACUACUUUAUAGGAUUUCUGGGAAAUGAAUUGAUCUACCUGGACCCUCACACCACUCAGGUUUUUGUAGAUUCGGAUGAGAGUGGUGCAGUUGAUGACCAUAGCUUCCACUGCCAGCAAGCCCCCCACCGGAUGAAGAUAAUGAAUCUCGAUCCCUCUGUAGCUUUAGGAUUCUUUUGUAAAGAAGAAAAGGACUUUGAUAACUGGUGUAGCUUUGUACAAAAGGAGAUACAUAAGAAGCAGAGUCUACGAAUGUUUGAGCUGGUUCAGAAGCACCCACCACACUGGCCCCCUUUCAUACCUCCCACAAAACCAGAAGUCACCACCACCGGAGCAGAGCUCAUUGACUCCACGGAUAAACUCUUUGAAAUGGAAGAAGAGUUUGAGAUCUUGAGCGUAUGAAGGCAACCUGGCGGGGAAGAAAACCACAGCGCCUUUCUCACCCUGAAGUGCCUGCCUGUGAACAGACACAAGACCUCAGGAGAACAGUUCCAAAAAAAAAGCACUUCUUGAGAAGGGCAUGGAUCCUGGCUCCCCAGCCCCUGUGUUUGUGCCCUCCCUCCAUCCCACUCCCCCACUGUUCCCCAAGGAAAGAACCUUGUCUGAAGAAGCGCUCUCGGAAAACCCAAAAGCAAAAACUGGCUCGUCGUAUUGCUGGGAACAGUCUUGCCAGCCUCAACAACAGCUGGAUGGUAAUUAUAAUAUAAUGCAAUAGCUUUGCUCACGCGGAAGGCAUGACCUUGUGCGAAGAGAACAUUCACCUCUUGUUCCUUCACAUGGACAAUUUUUUUUAGGCGUCAAUGUCAUUGCCUUGUUUCCUUUUUCAACGAUUCGGGGAAAACCCCGUGCUUUUAUUCAAUCUCUUCACAUUUCUUUGCCACUGCACUUGGAAACCCCCCCCCCCCCAAAAGUGUUUUUAAUGGAAGGACGCGUAUAAAAUGUGCAAUUUUUCAGGAAAAAAAAAGUUUCUUGUUUCUAGGAAAUACAUUAAUAAGCAGAGGACUUGGAAGGCAACCUUUCAACUCCUCCCGUGUUCUUGCAACAUACAGAAGGUCUCUUUAUAAUUAUGAUGACCCCCUUUUUCACUUUGACUUUCACUUCAAAUCAUUAUUAAACCUCUUUUGCUCCUGAGUAAAAGAAAACAUGUUUUUUGUUUCAACUGUAUCUUAUUUAUUUUAAAUUAAACAUUUACAUGUUUCCCCUUGUUAAGAGCACUUUAUUUGUGCAUCUCAUUUCUUAACCAUUGAAUAGGUUGGAUGCCAGUUUGGGGAGUUGGAGCUUUUUAAGAACCAGAGAAGGGUAUCUAUCAAAAUAAAAAUUGCUGGUCUCUG